AUGACCUGCUUGUGAAGGCAAAUGUAGUUACUGUAGUGUUGGACAAAGGACGCAACACAUACAAGUUCACUCACUGUGCAUACCAGAGUCUAGUUCCAAACUCUACACACCAGAGUCUAGUUCCAAACGAGUCUAUUACUGAGUUUUGUAGAAAGCCUAGAGAUGGCUGAAGCGCCAAAUAACUUCAUGGACGAUGUCAACAAGAUCCGGAAUGACGAAUACGACCGCGAGCUGUGCGCUGCUGAGACUGAAGAAGAAAUGAGGGCGAUAGAAAGGGCCCAGAUCCUGUUUAAUGAGCAGAUGCAGGCAGAACAGCCAAGACCUCAGCUGCCACCAGUGGCGCCAGCACGACGACCCCAGGCCCAGGUCAUGUUGGCGGCAGCGCGGGGUGAACAGCCAGGAAAUCAGCCGCCACCAGUAGUACCACCAGGCCGGAUCCAGGCCGUCUUUGCUGCAGGACUCAGAGCGCAAAGACGACGAUACAACGACCAAAUGGUCCCCUUGGUCCUGCCAGCAGAUCCGCGGGCAGAACAGGCGAGACAGCAGCGGCCACCAGUAGCACCGGCGUGGGUUGAUGAACAAGGAAAUCAGCUGCCACCAGUAGCUCAACCACCACCACCACCCCAGGUCGUCUUUGCUCAAGGAGCGGAAAUACAACUACUCAACGCCCCAAUGGUCCCGUUGGUCCUGCCAGCAGAGCCGCCGGCAGAACAGGCGAGACAGCAGCGGCCACCAGUAGCACCGGCGCGGGGUGAACAGCCAGGAAAUCAGCCGCCACCAGUAGCUCAACCACCACCACCCCAGGUCGUCUUUGCUCCAGGAGCGCAAGCAGCACAAAGACGACGACGCAACGCCCCAAUGGUCCCGUUGGUCCUGCCAGCAGAGCCGCCGGCAGAACAGGCGAGACAGCAGCGGCCACCAGAAGCACCGGCGCGGGGUGAACAGCCAGGAAAUCAGCCGCCACCAGUAGCUCAACCACCACCACCCCAGGUGGUCUUUGCUCCAGGAGCGCAAGGAGAGCAAAGACGACGACGCAACGCCCCAAUGGUCCCGUUGGUCCUGCCAGCAGAGCCGCCGGCAGAACAGGCGAGACAGCAGCGGCCACCAGGAGCACCGGCGUGGGUUGAUGAACAAGGAAAUCAGCUGCCACCAGUAGCUCAACCACCACCACCACCCCAGGUCGUCUUUGCUCCAGGAGCGCAAGGAGAGCAAAGACGACGACGCAACGCCCCAAUGGUCCCGUUGGUCCUGCCAGCAGAGCCGCCGGCAGAACAGGCGAGACAGCAGCGGCCACCAGGAGCACCGGCGUGGGUUGAUGAACAAGGAAAUCAGCUGCCACCAGUAGCUCAACCACCACCACCACCCCAGGUCGUCUUUGCUCCAGGAGCGCAAGGAGAGCAAAGACGACGACGCAACGCCCCAAUGGUCCCGUUGGUCCUGCCAGCAGAGCCGCCGGCAGAACAGGCGAGACAGCAGCGGCCACCAGGAGCGCCACGACGAGGCCAGAAUGAAGGGGCAAACAAAGAUCGCCAAGCCUAGCCCUCUACAUGUAUAUGUCUUCAAAUUAGUCCUCGUCUUAUC